AUGGACGACAAUCCACGUGACAAAAGGCUGACUCACCUAAAGAUGUUCGCAACGCAGCAACCAGCUGAAGGCUCGGAGAGAAUGAAGGAGUUAAACGAAGCCCUGCGCGCGGAAUCCAUCCGGGAGUCAACCCGGAAGCAGUACGAGACGCCUAAUAAGUACUAUGAAGAGAUCUGUGGGCGUCCAGUGAACGGUGAGAGGUUGCAGACUUUCAUCCGGGCUUUACUGUCGUUCGACGAUCCCCAACUGACUUAUGAAACCAUAUGCAAGUAUGUUUCGGGAGUCCAGACUUUCAGCCAGAUUCGCGGUGAAGCUAAGCUAACAGAAACCGAACGUCAGCACGUCAAACGUGCGCUCGAUGCUGUGAAAAGGAUACGUGAGGGUCAGGGGAGGAAGAGAAAGCAAGCUCCG